AUGGAUAGUUUGAGUCGUUUCAGAAAUCAUCUGGGCACCCCAACAAUUUUCCUCCAUGUUACAUGUCUUUUUCUAAAGUAUGGUUGGAAAAACACUUCAAAUGAUCUUAACCAAUCUUCACCAAAUCAAAUACUUAUUCCAAUUUCAUCACUUAUUUAUAGCCCAAAAAAGAUUAUAAAUAAGAUCUGUAAGGCAAUUUCUCCAUUUACUAUUUGCUUCAAAACAAAUCAACAUGAGUUAUCAACCAACUCGAAGAAUAUGAUGAAGAAAAUCUACAAGGAAAUUCAUAACCAACUUAAGAAAAUGAAGAAGCAAGAGGAUGAUAAAUGCUUGUGGAAGAAGACCAUAUUAAUGGGGGAGAGAUGUCAGCCAUUGGAAUUUCCAGGUGCAAUUUUCUAUGAUAGUGAAGGGAAUCAACUUUCUGAGCCACCAAGAACACCAAGGAUUAGUCCUUUAAUCAACUAA